UAUUUUUUUCUUUUUCUUUCCUCUUUUUCAUUGUUGUCUUAGUUAUGAAUAUUCAAAAGCCUAAAAUCAAUAUUAUUUUGGUGGGCGUUUCAAGGAUUGGCAUAUCCACGCUUACACAGGCGUUCAGCUCAAGAACAGUAAAGACUUUCACCUUUGGUCCCUACCGCAGGCCAGCCAAGAUCGUCGAACUGAUUACUGAUAAGGGCAUAUAUCACAUAAUGGAUCCACAUCGCUUAUAUGAUGCAGCAGAUGAAAACAUCACAAAGCAAAACGUAGGCGACAUCAUCAACCAGCUGAAUCUCCUGGCUUCACCCUACAUCAUCUGUUUCGUGGUCACUUUGAAUGUUGAAAGCGUUCACAGCAUUGACCUUGAGAUGAUGAGAACCAUCAAAAGAUACCUUCAUACUCCCAAUGCAAAAUACGCUCUUGUUUUCAACUUGCUGUCAACAAACCUAUAUUUCAAAAUUGCAGAAGACAAUAGCUUCAGAAAAACACUCUUAACAGCUUAUCAUCAGGGCGCAGGCGUUAAAGUGCCUGAUAAUGAUAUACUGCUCAUUACCAACAGAUUUAUCAGUUAUUCGAUGCCGGAACAAAGUGAACUUUUAACAGAGUAUGUAAAGAAGAUCGAAGCAAAGCAUAUCAAAGAACAAGAACAGCGGUUAAAGGAGCUCUUAAUGAAACAAAAACAACAGGAUCAUCUACAUCCAUCGUAUUCAUCGCAGCAGAAACGAGCUUCUACUAUGCCUGCAUUCAAUCCUCGUCCCCAGAGCACGAGUCCUCCCUUGCCGCGUCGUCCAAAUAGCUUUCAGCAUCCAACUCAUGCAUAUACCAAUCCAUCGGCACAGAAUCUAUAUAUAAAUCCACGGCCACAGCCAUAUACCAACCCACAGUUAUACAACAACACACAGCCACAGGCAUACAAUGCACGUCCACAGGCGUAUUCUAAUUCACGUCCACAAGCGUAUAAUAACCCACAACAGCCUCAGCCGCAUUCUUUUAACCGUCCACAGCAGACAUCGUUCAGCAUGCCAUCUUUCAUCAAUCCUCCCAGUCAGCAGCAACAGUUCCAACCCUUUGGACAAUCUCAAGACAACAUGAAGCAGCAACAACAGGUUUUACAAUACAUACAAAAUAUUCAGCAACAGCAGCAACAGCGAAUACAGCAAAUCAUACAGCAGCAGUUGGAAAGCAUUACCCCUACCAGUGACACAUCCUCCGCUUUUAGCUUUUCUUCGAAUGACAAUAGCAGUAGUAGCUCGUUUGGGACAGACUUUAAUAUGGAUCCUAGUAACUUUAUGGACGCAACCCAACAGUCAUUCAAUACUGACCCCUCUUUCAACUUUGAUCCAACUCAGCAGUCUUUUAAUACGGAUUCUUCAUUCAACUUUGACCCAUCCCAGUUUGGAUUUGACUAUUCCUCAAAUCUUUUGAAUAAUUUGAGUCAAUUCAAUGGUGAUCCUUUAAGCACUAUGACUGGUUCCUUCAUGGAUUCAGCAGAUGCAAUCAACCUGAUGGCUUCUGGGUUUAGUGGUACUGAUACAUUAAGCGCAACAACAGGAUGUACAAUCAUGUAACUGGUUAUCUAUUAUAAUAAUAAAUAAUAACUAAAUUGAAUGAUAUUAAUGCUUG